AUGAAGCUGUCACGUGCAUCACUUCUAGCCGCAGGUCUCCACGCCGCCGCCGCUCGCUUCAUUCAGCCUACAGAGGCUGACCAUGUCGAGCUCUUCCCCAUCGAGGAGACGUACCUCGUCGAGCUGGCUCCCGGCGACGUGCGGCGUGUGACGGAAGAUGAGAAGUGGGAGAUGCGCCGGAACGGCCAAAACUUCAUGGACAUCACCGGCACCGAGUCGCUGGGUACUAAGCACGUCGCCGCCAGCUCAGCCGUGACGUUUCCCAAGUCGUGCGCUCAUCAGAAGGAUGUCAACUCGCUGGCCGAGCACCUCGAUAAGAAGACUAUGCAGGCCCACCUCGAGAAGCUGACCAGCUUCCACACGCGCUACUACAAGUCCGAGUACGGCCUGCAGUCGUCUGACUGGGUGCUGGAGAAGGUGCGGUCCAUCAUCGCCGAUGCGGGAGCGUCGGACACGGUCAAGGCCGAGAGCUUCCCUCACACGUGGCAGCAGCACUCCGUCAUUGCUACGAUACCCGGCCAGACGAACACGACCGUCGUCAUCGGCGCCCACCAGGACUCCAUCAACCUGUGGUUCCCGUCGGUUCUGGCUGCGCCCGGCGCAGACGACGACGGUAGCGGCACCGUCACCAUCAUGGAGGCCUUUGCCGCCCUGCUGACAUCCGAGGACAUCAUCGCCGGCAAGGCUACCAACACCAUCGAGUUCCACUGGUACAGCGCUGAGGAGGGCGGCCUGCUGGGCAGCCGUGCCAUCUUCCAGCAGUACGAGGAGGACGGCCGCGACGUCAAGGCCAUGCUUCAGCAGGACAUGACGGGCUACAUCAGGAAGACGCUCGAGGCCAACCUGCCCGAGAGCGUCGGCGUCAUCAUGGACUUCGUCGACGCUGGACUCACCGCCUUCAUCAAGAAGGUCAUCGAGGAGUACUGCUCGAUCCCCUGGGUCGAGACCAAGUGCGGCUAUGCCUGCUCCGACCACGCCUCUGCCUCCAAGGCCGGCUACCCCUCGGCGUUUGUCAUCGAGUCGUCCUUUGAGAACUCGGACCCCAACAUCCACUCCACCGACGACAAGAUCGAGUACCUCUCCUUUGACCACAUGCUGCAGCACGCUCGCAUGACCCUCGGUCUUGUCUAUGAGCUUGCCCACUACGACUUUUACGGAGAGUCCAAAGCCCAGGAGGCCAGCGAGCUGUAG